AUGCAGAGGACGACCCUCGAGGAGAAUAUUAAAUCUGAAAAGACCACUUCCCGGAUAUUGUCGACGAGGGCGAGCCCAGCCUCUACCCCUGGUUCUAGGGUGAACAACAACACCGCGACUUUGUCGAGGUCAAGUUCGAGGACUAUCCAGAUUUUUGAGAGCUCUACGUCACGCCCGUCGCUACCUACUGCAGGCAGGACAGAAAGCAGUGAUGGGGCGGCACCAGGGCAAAACUCGGCAUCCGGGCUGUCUGUGAGCAGCUCCACACUUAGAGCAUUGUCCAGCGCAAUGGUGCUCGGCGCUACUUCAACGAUGGUCGGCCUGACCAUCUGCUUCGCCGUGGCUACUCUCAUCUUGAGGAAAGCAUGGAAACUCUACGACUUCUUCUUUUGUCCUCCGAAGCAACCGCUUCAUAGGUACAAGAUCCUCGAGGCAGUGCCGACCGAAAAAAGUACUGGACCUCUGAUGGAAAACACUGCAUGGGCACUCAUCACGGGGAGCAGCGCCGGCAUCGGCUUUGGAUACGCACACUACCUCCUCUCUUGCGGCUUCGGCGUCAUCAUACUCGCACACGAGACCAUCCCCGCCGCGCUUGAGCAGCUGCGCACGCUGCACCCAGACAUGGCGAGGAAGGACCGCAUCAAGGGAAUCACAAUGAACUGCGAGACGGCCAGCCCGGCCGACAUCAAGAACCUGAUCAACGGAGUAAGCCACCUACCGAUAACGAUACUCAUCAACAACGUAGGCAGCAUCCCCAUCCCAUGCCCGCAGAUGCGGCCUUUUCGGGACUAUGACGCCGAGGGAAUUGACGCAUGCAUCAACCUCAACGCGCGCUUCAUGACGCACAUGACUUGCCUCAUGAUCCCCGUCCUGCGCAGAAACGUCGAGCCGUCAGGCGGCCGCGCGCUCGUCCUCAACGUGACGUCCAAGGCACACCUGGGCAUGCCGCUGCUGAGCGUGUACAGCGCCAACAAGGGGCACGUGACGGCUCUGUCGGCGGCACUGACGCGUGAGUUCCGCGUCUUCGGCGAGCCCAUCGACUGCCUCUGCAUCGUGCCAAAUGAGGUGCGGAGCCAGGGCAACUCAGUCGCGCCGCCGGGUGCCGUGGUGGAUGUCGACUAUGCGCGCAUGUGCCUGGAGCGGGUGGAAAAGGCGGUGGACAGCGGGAUGCCUGCCGUGGCGCCGUAUUGGAAACAUUAUUUGCAGGCCGAGGCUGCGGGCUUGCUCGGGGAGGCCAGAUUUACGGCCGAGCUGAUGAAGGCCAUGGAAGCGAAGAGAGAUGCAAAAAUCAGCGAAAAGCACGACAAGGUCUUCGUCAACGGUUGCCUCGACCCCAAGACUGAGGCCGCCAAGGCUCCUCGCGCCAAUGCCGCCUUUGUCGUCCUUGCCCGCAACAAGGAGUUGGAUGGUGUCAUCCAGUCCAUCAAAUCCAUCGAGCGCCAUUUCAACCGCUGGUUCCACUACCCUUACGUCUUCCUCAACAACGGCGAGUUCAAUGAAACCUUCAAGGAGACCGUGCGAAACCACACCUCGGCCCCCGUCGAGUUUGGCUUUGUCGGUCCUGACAUGUGGGGAUACCCUGACUGGAUCGAUGAGAAGGUUGCCAAGGAGGGAAUUGCCAAGCAGGGCGACGCUGCCGUCAUGUACGGUGGUCUCGAGAGCUACCACUCCAUGUGUCGCUUCUAUUCCGGGUUCUUUUACAAGCACCCUCUUCUGGCGAAAUAUGAGUGGUACUGGCGUCUGGAGCCCGAAAUCAAGUACUUCUGCGACAUCACCUACGACCCUUUCCUCAAGAUGAUUGAAUCAAACAAGACAUAUGGAUUCACCAUUGCCGUCAAGGAGCUCCGCGAGACCGUUCCCAACAUCUUCCGCUACGCCUCGGCGUACAAGCGCCUCAAGAACAUUACCAGUCAAGGCCUGUGGGAGAUGUUUGUCGAACCCACUCAGGAGAAGGAGCCUGAGAAGGAGCAGCUGCCCGAGGAUGACCCCAACUACAAGCCACCUCUGCCUGAAGAGGUGACACGCAACGACCCGAACCGCAACACCCCCAUCGAGAUUGACCCCGAGGCGAUGGAGGGUGAGAAGUAUAACAUGUGUCACUUCUGGUCAAAUUUCGAGAUUGCCCGUCUGAGCUGGUUCCGCAGCAAGGAGUAUGAGGACUUCUUCCAGAUGAUGGACAGGAGUGGAGGCUUUUGGAUGGAGCGGUGGGGUGACGCACCUAUUCACUCGCUUGCCGCCGGCGUUCUUCUCGCGCCGCGCGACAUCCAUUACUUCCGCGACUUUGGCUACCGCCACACCACGAUCCAGCACUGCCCGGCCAACGCGCCAUCGCGGCAGCUGGCUCGCGAGCCCUUCCUGGAGAAGACGACACUCGACGAGCGCAAGAGGCUGGAGGAGGAUCAAUACUGGGAGCAGUUCGACGCCCCCAAGGAGAAUGGCGUUGGUUGCCGCUGCCGCUGCGACACCGAUAUCGUUGAUGUCGAGGGCAAGGACGGCAGCUGCCUUGCCGAGUGGGUCGACGUUGCCGGUGGUUGGGCUAGCCCUUGA